CUGUGGAGUGGGAUGGACCGAGAGCCGUGGCGUUGGAGAGCAUAUAACCGUAUUUUAAACCGAGACAUCAAUUAUUAAGACAAAGCAUUGUAUCGGACUAGUUUUUCGGAAUUGGACUUACUGCUUACCUGGAUUUAGUCGUCGACAAUGUAUUUUAAUUGUGCAUUCAUGCAAAGACUACACCUGUCCAAAGCAGUUGGGAAUCAUAGGAAUCCGCUUGCGUGACACAUUUUUGUCGAAGAAAUAGGAUAUUAUUCUAGUUCAGAAAAAAAUGCAAGUAUUUUUUUAGUGGUAGGCCAAUACACAAUUGAAGAAAAUCAAAUGUUUGAUUUAAUUUAUUGGAGGUUUCGCUUGAGAUGAUUGCCUGCUAAAUGCAUAGGAGUACGGUUAAUUUUAGCGUUGGAUAUCGGAGUAGAUGUUUAUAUGGACCUUUCAAAAGUUAUCGCAAUGGAUUUGGUCAUACAUGGGAAAAUGAUGCUAUUAUUGUGUGUAUAGCUGUAGCAGUAAGGCUAUUGUUUGUCAGAGGACGUCUUCUCCCACCUUAAAAUCCCAAAUGAAGAUUCCAAAAAGACGGAAAAGACUAACGUGCCGUCUCUGCGCCAGAUAAAUGGCUCAUUUAAAUUGGGAGCUGCUCGCGUUCUGUCGGGCUGGCAGAUGCAGUGCCUAGUGCCAGCCCUCCAGGACCACGCCAACAUGAAUGGGGCUGGGGAGACGGCGGACAUACUGCCGCCUAACUGCAUGGUCAAGGACCGAUGGAAAGUGCUGAAGAAAAUAGGAGGAGGAGGUUUUGGGGAGAUCUAUGAAGCUCUGGACCUAUUGACGCGGGAGAACGUGGCGUUGAAGGUGGAGUCGGCCCAACAGCCCAAACAGGUCCUGAAGAUGGAGGUGGCAGUCCUGAAGAAACUGCAGGGUAAAAACCAUGUGUGCAAAUUUAUUGGCUGUGGGAGAAAUGACAAAUUCAACUACGUGGUCAUGCAACUUCAGGGGGUGGAGCAGGGACGCAAUUUGGCGGACCUGAGGAGGAGCCAGCCUCGGGGGACUUUCACCAUGAGUACCACACUCCGCCUGGGGAAACAGAUCCUGGAGUCUAUAGAGGCCAUCCACUCUGUUGGCUUCCUGCAUCGAGAUAUCAAACCGUCAAACUUCGCCAUGGGAAGGCUGCCUUCGACCUUGAGGAAGUGUUACAUGUUGGACUUUGGCCUCGCGCGGCAGUACACCAAUACCACUGGAGAAGUCCGCCCUCCGAGAACUGUCGCAGGUUUUCGAGGAACUGUUCGAUAUGCCUCAGUCAACGCACAUAAAAACAAAGAAAUGGGACGCCAUGAUGACCUAUGGUCUUUAUUUUACAUGUUGGUAGAAUUUGCAGUUGGACAGCUACCAUGGCGGAAAAUCAAGGACAAGGAGCAAGUUGGGCAGAUAAAAGAGCGAUAUGACCAUAGGAUGCUGCUGAAACACAUGCCUUCAGAGUUUCAUAUCUUCCUCGACCAUGUAUUGGGCCUUGACUACUACACCAAGCCGGAUUAUCAGCUAUUGAUGUCGGUGUUUGAGAACAGCAUGAAGGAGCGCAUCAUCAUGGAAAAUGAGCCGUUUGAUUGGGAGAAAGGAGGGACAGACUCCACACAGUCAACAAGCGCCUCCACCCAACCACAACAUAACACACGGCCCACCGUCGCCAUGGUGGGAGCCCUCAACACCCCGGUGCCCGUAGACCUCCAGAGGGAGAACACGGAGAACGUGCUCCAGGACGAGCACCUCAGCGACCAAGAGAACGCCCCUCCGGCCCUGCCCACCGGUGGGAGCCGCCAGGGGGGCGGUGGCCAGACAACCGCUAAGGGCGAGGGAUGGGAAGACACCGACUUCAACCGCAACAAACUCAGGAUCAGCCUGGGCAAGGGGGCACAGGAGGGGGAUGAACCCAGCAGAGGGGCCUGUCCCAUGUCUCCGUGCCGGGCAGGAGGGGCCCCCGAGUCCCCCAGUGGCCAGGUGCGCUCGCUCCGGUACCGCCGCAUCAACAGCCCCGAGUCAGACCGCAUGUCGGCCGCUGAUGGGAGGGGCGUUGACGGAUACGGCCAAAGUAUCAGGUCCCGCAUGGAUAUCCUGGGAUCGCCCUCGCGCCACGUGUACUCGUCCCAGCCGGCCAUGAUGCUGUCUGUGGACUGCGGCCUGCAGCGCGGGAGGCACGGCGAGGGCUCAGUGGCGUCCGUGGACCAGGAAGCCCACAGUAAUGCCUUUAUCAGAUCGGUGCCGCUGGCAGAGGAAGAAGACUUUGAUAGCAAGGAGUGGGUGAUCAUCGACAAGGAGACAGAGCUGAGGGACUUCCAGCCCACCACGUCGGGCACCACCGAUGAGGAGCCUGAGGAGCUGAGGCCCCUGGAGGAGGGAGAGGAGAGGAGGAGGCUGCGGGGAGGAGGGGCGGAGAUGGUGGUGAGACCCAAGACGACCCUCACGACCAACAGCAGCCGGGGCAUGCUCACGCUCACUGAGGAGGAAGCCUCCAGACGAAGUGGGGGAAGCCCCGCCAUGUCGCCCUGUCAUUCACUCCCAUCAGGCCGUCCUAUUGGACCGCAAAGACCGGUGAUCAUGUCUCCAACUGAGCACAAUGGCCUAUCUCAGCCUUGUCCAGACUUCAGGACCAAGGGCCAGCUGGACGAGAAGGACCAUUUCCACAUCCUUCCCCAGCUCCAGGUCAAGCGGGCCGACUUCCUCACCGUCAUGCUGACUGGCUCCCUUCCUCAGCGGCGAACCUUCACAGCAGCUCUGCCGGCAGAGAACGAGGUCCAGGAGCCCCAGGGCCCGCGAGACGAUGACGUGACCAAGAGUGAGUCGAACAGUGAGACCAGCCAAAAAAGCACAGAGCGGAGCCAGGAUGGGGCCCCUAAUACCCUCAUGGCUGAGGAUGGUCCCAGGGGACCCCGGGAACCCGCCACAGAUGCUGACCCUGACUUGGAAGACGGCUCCAAGACCCUGGUUCUGUUCUCGCCGGGGGAUACCCGGAAGUCUCCAUCCACUGGGGGAGAACACGUCCUGCUGGAGGUUGACUUCGGGACGCCGUCUUCCUCUACCCCUAGGAACGAUAUGCCUCUGGUGGGUGCAGGCAGCCAGCCAGAGAUCUCCUUCACACUGAGGUCAGACUUGAGGCCAUCCACCCCAAUCGCCCCCGCGUCUCCCCCCUUCACCAAAGUCGAGCGCACCUUUGUCCACAUCGCCGAGACUUCCCACUCUAACGUCAUGUCUUCCAGAUGUCAGAACGCAAAGGAGAGCAGCGACCGCUACAACCUCUCGGCCGUUACCCAGGAGACCUCACCAUGGGAAGGAGACUCCCAUGAUCAGACUGUACAUGUUGAACAGGGUGAGGAAUCCCAGCGUCUUUCCAGAGUGCCCCAAACCCAUUCUAUCCAAGACGUGACCCUGGAGAAGGGUGUCACUCGCACCAAACCAGACGACCGCCCACCGCUGGUUUUUGUUAAGUCCUUGGAGCCUGUCCCAGAAGCCAUGUCGCCCAUUCUGGAACACAAAACUCUCUCUGCAGAUCCCAACAAGGGGGCAUUGUCUACCGAAGGUGUUGCCGAGUCCAACGCUGGAUUACCGUUUACUGCACUCAGGCAGAGGAUCAAAAGCCGCAUCCCGGUUCUACUGUCUGAAGAGGACACAGGCUCAGAGCGUUCAGCCUCACUCUCUGCCCGAGUGCGACUACGGAGGAGAGCCCGGCAACUGGACCUGGCACGCCUGGUGGUGCAGAAGCAGCAGGGCCGCUGGAUGAGGCUACCCUCGGGGACAUCCUCCUCAUUGUCCUCUGGCGAUGGGAGGGCCUCCGAGACGCUCUCCACCACCGGCUCGGAGGAAGACACCCAUGCCUCUGAUGAGUCCCUGGCCAGGAGGAGCUCAUGUCUGAAGGCCAGGACAGAGGCUGGGGGGGACCAGAGCCAUACGGAGUGGCGCAGCAGAAUCCCUAGGCCCGUCACCCCCAUCAAGAGGCCCUCGGGGCGUCUGGUGGCCGCCGUGGCCUCCCCUCUCACGUUGCCAGGAUCGGGCAUUUGUAGAGAUGCAUCCACCUUUGGUAAUGGACUCCAAGUUCAGAAAAUAGGACUGAGCACUCUCCCGACCCAGAGGCGGUCUAAACCUCUGCAGACUGGAUCCUCCUCUUCCUCCUCCUGUCCGAAGCCAUGUCCUGUCCCCGCCCAGCCCUGCGGCAGCCCCCGCAUGCCCCUGCGCUGCGUUUUCAUGACCCGACGCAGCCUAAGCACCUCUCACUGCAGGACAGACAGCCCCUCCCCCCAACAUGUCCGUCCAACUAGACAGCCCCUCUCUGUCCGGCCCACAACUGCCCCUCCACUCCGGCCCAGGGCUAAUACUACUACCACCACCAUGAAACAGGCCAACUCACAGGUCCGCUUUACCCAGGUGUUCACCGCUAUGCCUGCCAGAAAUCGAGCCAAAUCCACAGGUCCUGCCAAAGCGAAACAAAGCAGAGAGGACAAGAUGGCUACCUCGUGAUAGUAAACAGAUUCACUGGGAUGAAACGCACACGCUUCUCUGUUGUCCUCAGAGAGACUCAAUGCCUCAAAAAGCUCCAGGCCGACCCCAAAGUAAGACUGACGCGUUUCCCAUCUUUUUUCAUCUUUCAAUUACCUUCUUUGAUUAAAAUCAUGUACCUCUACUAACUAGACCAUGAAAUCAACAUUUGUUCCGUAUUAGCACGGAACGAUCUUCAUGAGCUUCCAGUCAAAGAACUUUUAGUCAAUGUCACUGAGGAGCGAUGCUACCAUGCUGCUAUGUGUACGCUGUUCACUGGUGCAUUGUAUACAUUUUCCUUUUGUUUCUGAGGUUGAACAUUUCUUUAGGUUUGUGGAUUUUGCAUCCUAUAUGCAAGAAAUGUAUUUGAACAAAGUCGGUCAUCAUUUUGCAAGUCAAGUUGCAAUCUUUCUCAACACACAAACGUCUCACACUGAUAUACUAAGUUAUCAUCAACAAUAUCGAGCUCACUUUACAUUGCAUGGUAUAGAUAUCAUAAACACUUUUGAUAAGUUGAAUAAUGUUAAGGAAAUGUACGAAAGUCUCAAUCUUCCAAUGGUCUGACGCGAUAACCAAUUCUGAUAGAAUGCAAAGGCCAAACUCAUUCCCAACUCUGAUCAGAUGUGUUAAAAGAGGAAGGUUGGAUUAUGGGGUAAAUUACUGCCGAUAUUAAGCGAAUGCAGAAGUAAUAUUGCUGGCGUCCUUGUUAGCGUGUGACAAUGGGCAUGCGUUAUAUCAUUCUAUUUUUGGGGUAUUUGAUUAUAUUUACAUUCCGAAGACGUGUAUAUAAUACGAUCAUUUCUUGAAAAAGACAUCUUUAUAUUUUAUCUUGUGAAAACAACCUGUAUAUUUUGCCUUUCCUCUGCUGUUGAACAACGUUGGCAAAUAUGCCUGUUUUUUUUACGCAUGAGGAAAAAUAAGGUUAACUUUGAACAAUAGAUACCUGCCUUUUAAUGUUCUGACAAUGAAAUGAAUGGUGGAUCAUUGGAACCCAUGUUUUGUGUUUGUAUUGGGUAAAUUAAAUCUACAAUUGCAGGGCACUGAGCUAAAGUAAAAUCCUGGUCAUGUGGAUUCUCCUGUUUCCUUUCUACACUGUUUGUCAGAAACAACCAUCGCCCCUAGAAAGGACUGCUUCUGGUUUUCCUCUUCUUCUAAUCAGAGACUGAUUCACCAGGUGAACACCAGGUGAGGGCAAUAAAGUACUAGGUUGAAACAAAAAGUAGAAGUGGCACUGUCCUGGAACUGAACCGUCCAGGGCAACUGAAUAGGUCUGAAAUUUUUACUUAUCAGGGUGAAUUGACUCUGACACAUUUCUUAAAGUGUUUUCACAAAUUUAGGUCAUUUUAAUUUCAAGAGGUAAAUUUACAGUACGUGUACAAAAAUGUUUCGCACAGACACACACACACAUUUCUCCUCACAAUGGUAAGUCCAGUCUCUCCCUAGUUUAGGGUCAGGCAGCUUUUCUAAUUGUCUGUCUACAAUCGUUAAGGCCAGGGGUGAAAAUGUUUAUUUUUUUCCAUAUCAGAAUAUUCCUGAGCAAGUACAUAACCCACAUUUGAAUACUAUUAAUGCUAUUAAAUUAAUAUUUGAUCCAUCCCAACAGGAAGCAAUAGAUUACAUAAAUAAUGCAAGUUAUGCGCAUAGGACUAUGUUUCAUUGCAGUGCAUUGCAGUGUAGUACUGUGCUGAGACUAAUGGUCUCUUGGAGUUGCCCUUUAAAUAAUGUUAUACGUGCACUGAAAGCUGAGCCUAUGAGUCCUGAGAGAUAUCCAGUAGAAGGGAGGCCUCCAUUUCCCUUUCUCCCCGCCCCCUCUUGUUCAAUGCAAGCAUGUGAGAUGGCAUAUGGUCUCUCCCUCCCUACCACGAGGCUGUGAGAUGUCUCCCUGAGGUUGACUUAUUGUAAAAAGUUCAAUAAAAAAAAUAUUAAAUCCAAAA